AUGGUAGGGUCAGCAGUAGGGCAGCGGUUCCUAAUUGUUGCGAAAUUGCGGUCAGCUAGUGGGAUUUUGCGGAUAAAUUCCUCAUUUGUUUAUGUUAUGACAACCAUUAAUUUGUUGUCCAAUACUUUUUUCUCGGCCGAUUUUGUUCAUUCGGCCGAGGAAGCUGGAGAGUAUAAGGAGAUUGUUGUGAGUAUAUUGAAGGAAGUUGGAGUGCCGAAUUUGUCGGAUUUUUUUCCCAUGUUGAAGGUUUUUGAUUUGCAGGGUAUUAGAAGACGUUCUGUUGUUUCUAUUAGAAAGGUUUUGACUAUUUUUAGGAGAUUUGUUGGGGAACGGUUGAAGUUGAGAGAAGGUACUGGUUCUAUUGGAAAUGAUGAUGUGCUUGAUGCUUUGCUUAAUAUUUCUUUGGAGGAUGGGAAAAUUGAGAUGGAUAAAGAUGAGAUUGAACAUUUGUUGCUGAAUAUAUUUGUUGCAGGAACAGACACAAGCACGUACACACUAGAAUGGGCAAUGGCAGAGUUAAUGCACAAUCCAGAAAUCAUGUCAAAAGUACAAAAUGAACUCGAACAAGUUGUUGGCAAAGGUAUUCCAGUCGAAGAAACAGACAUAGCCAAAUCACCAUACAUGCAAGCAGUUAUAAAAGAGACGUUUCGUGUACAUCCACCAGUUCCGUUAUUACUACCUCGCAAAGCAGAAACAGAUGUUGAAAUUGGUGACUACAUUAUUCCAAAAGAUGCACAAGUUUUGGUUAAUGCUUGGGUUAUUGGCAGAGAUCCAAGUAAAUGGGAGAAUCCUAAUGCUUUUGUGCCGGAGAGAUUUUUCAAUAGUGAGAUUGAUUUUAAAGGACAUCAUUUUGAGCUUAUUCCAUUUGGGUCUGGUAGAAGAAUUUGUCCUGGUUUGCCUUUGGCUAUUAGAAUGUUGCCUUUGAUGUUGGGAUCUUUGGUUAAUUGCUUUGAUUGGAGACUUGAAGAUGGAUUGAAUGUCGAUGAUUUGAAUAAGGAAGAUGAGUAUGGGAUUACCUUGGAAAAAUCUCAACCUGUGAGAAUUGUUCCAAUCAAAUUGACUAAGCAAUAA